GUGAGUGAGCGCACGGACUGAUCUGCGCGUACAGGGGAGCGGCACACACUGACCCGAAUCUUCGGGCAGACGGAGGUAGGGGACCAGGACCAGGACGUGCGCACUGGACAGGCAUCAAGAGACAAUCAUGGCAAAUAUAUAUUAAGUCAUUCCUUUCUGAAAAAGACAGAAGUACUGCGGAUCUGUUGUUGCGCGUGUCAUCAUCUCUGGUGAUUUUGGACAGCUUGUCCUGUCAGUUGGUUACAGGGGAGAGAACGUGUUGCGUUUUUGCUUGAUUGAAAUACGCGACAUUGUGACUUUGGCUUUAUUUAUCAGUCCCUUGUUCUCUCGUGAGUUAAGGUGAUUAUAGAGACUUUAGGUCCAUGAUCCGACCAGGAAAAUGGGCUGUUGCGUCUACGAGACACAGCUGUUUUAAUCGGAUUUUAGUGCAUAUUUUGGUCGCUUGUCUGAAGGAGGCUUGAAAAAGCGCCGCAGACAAGCGUAUCGGGGGCGAUCCGUGACACCAUUUCCGCGACACCCCCACCCCUUUUUAGCGGAUACUUUUGGAUGGGGGGCAAGCAGAGUACUGCGGGGCGGCCCCGGGGAGCUUUUCCCGGUGUCUCGACAGAUGACAGCGCGGUGCCACCCUCGGCCCACUUCGGGCACUACCGGCCAGGUGGCACGAUGGGACUGCGUAGUCGCUCGGUGAGCUCCGUGGCGGGGAUGGGCAUAGAUCACAGCGCCACGGUGCCUUUCGGGUUUUACACACCCAGAGGAACAGACUCGGACAGAGCCGGAGGGGGGUCUGGCUCCGAUUCAGCCCAUAACGGGAACGGCUACCAGGAAACCGGUGGUGGGCACCACACGGACGGUAUGCUUUACCUGGGAUCCCGUGCGUCUUUGGCAGACACUUUGCCCCUGCACAUCGCGCCCAGGUGGUUUAGCGCUCACAGUGGAUUUAAGUGUCCCGUCUGCUCCAAAUCAGUGGCAUCCAAUGAGAUGGAAGUUCACUUCAUCAUGUGUCUGAGCAAGCCCCGCCUCUCCUACAAUGAUGACGUGUUGUCAAGAGAUGCCGGAGAGUGUGUAAUAUGUCUCGAGGAGCUACAGCAAGGAGACACCAUCGCUAGACUGCCGUGCCUCUGUAUCUAUCAUAAAAGCUGUAUAGACUCCUGGUUUGAGAUCAAUCGCUCCUGCCCUGAACAUCCUUCAGACUGACCUCAAUCAUCUACUUCAGCUACGACUGAGAAAGGGCAAUUUAUGGACCUAAACCGGAAUAUCCUGACACAGAAAUAACCAAAUAAAACCACCAACCAAUUUGAUCAAACCUAUGGAAAUGUGUCACCGCAAAACUGAACCAAAUAAAAAGAGUCCAUCCAGCCAACACUGUCAUUACCACUUGCAUCCUGGAAUCUCCCACCUGCUGAAUCUCCUAGAGACUGCUAAACUGCUUACCGGCCCCCAAGCCGACCGUGAACACGGGAUCUUUCUGGCUUUGGAAAACAUCUAGCUUCUUGCCCCCCUCGACAUACUCUAUGUUCUUAUAGACAUGCUUGUUCAAGUCUGCAUUCUGGCCAGAUCCUCUCUCCUAGUUUUUUUUUUCAAAUAGGAGAGGAAAACGAGAAGGCGGGGCUUAAAAGGGCGGGGCAGCGGCAGCAAACAAGUAGGAAGUAGGCCAUGCUUUGCAACCAAUCCAGAGGCCAUACCAGAUGCUGAUUAGAUGGCCGUUGCUAAAGCUUUAAAUCGUCCUUUAGGGGACUGUGGGUAUGGCAGGGGGUGGGGUUUGGAUGCAGGCACACACCUGAUAUGUGGGUGGAGUUUGGUGUGUGUUUGAGUGUCGGUUCACUCUUGGGUGACACGUUGGACAGCCGGUGGAUGUAGUUGUACUUAUUCUGUGUGUGCAUGUAUGUGUGUGUGAUCAUGUGUCCACGGAUGGGGGGAAAUGUGAAAAUUGUGUUUCCUGUUAGCACCGGAGGCAGAUGAAGACAUUAGCAUGUGUGUGUUGGGUUGGGUUUAAAGGAAUAGUUCAUCCAAAAAUGAAAAUUAUUUCAUCAUUAAUUAUUCACCCUCAUGUUGUUUCAAAGCUGUAUAACUUCUGUGGAACACAACAAGUGAAUUUCUGAAGAAUAUCCUGGCUGUUCUUUCCUAUAUAUUAACCUAAUUAUAGCUUAAAAUGGCAAAAAUAAAACAUAAAAGUGGUCCAAAUUACUUAAUCGCUAUAUUCCAAGACUUCUGAAGACAUAAAUACAUUUAUUUGUGGAACAGUCCUACAUUUAAGUCGUUAUUCACAGAAUUGGAUCAGUGAGUUUAACUUGACAAUCGGAUCAGUCCAAUUUGUGAACAAACUGUUUUUGUGAACUAGAUCAACCGAUUCAUUAAAUAGAACGAUUAAUUCACAAAUUUGACAACACCACUUCUCUCAUGAACAUGACAGGAAGAGCUAGAGCGGUUGCUGAGAUUUUGAAGCUUUAUAUGGUUUCAGAAGACUAUAGCGCAUGAGUCGUUGGAUCACUUUUAUGAUACUUUAUGGUGCUUUUAUGUCAUUUUGGAGCUUGACAGUCCCAGUCCUCAUGCGCUUUUAUUCUACAUUAUUUACAUGUAGUCAUUUAGCAGACGCUUUUAACCAAAGCAACUUACAAAUGAGUGAAGAGUGUCCUGGGAUAUUCCUAAAAAUGCACCUUUUGUGUUGCUCUGAAGAAAGUAAGUCAUACGGGUUUGGAAAUACAUUUUAAUUUUCAGGUGAACUAGUCCUUUACGGUAAAAAAAGGAGAGAUAUAUAUACUCUCGGUCAGUCUUUCAAAUGUUUACAAUUCACAGUAGAUGUCUUUCACCCUAUGGAUUCAAACGAAAACAAGCUAAAAGCUAUUUUUCUUUUGUUUCAUCUGCAAAUUUGGGGCAGUUAUUAUGAAAUACUGACCAUAAUAUUCAGACAAUUUCCCUGUAAAAGCCUUGAGUAUGUAUUUGGUGUGUGCGUAUGUGUGUGCGAUUUUAAAAGCUUCUGUCCAUCUUCCCACGUUUUCUGUAUGUGACCGACCAGCUUAUGUCUGGUAAAGCUAAUGUUGCUUCACUGCUGUAUGUAAUGCCCAGAUAUACUGGUGUGAAUCUAUUAGAAUGAUCAUUUCUAUGAUCUACAUUUACUUCUUAUUUUUGAACAUCUGUGAGAAACCUAAUGAAAAAAAAAAACAGCUAUUUAACCUUCAGGACGCCUCUGUCUACUGUAUAAACAGCAAGCACUGUUGGAUAAUAAUGUUGCUGAAAUUGAAAAAAAAAGGAGAAAUAAAAACAAACAAAAGUGAAAGGAGUAAAAUGAAUAAAUAUCUGCAAGGAAAAAAUUUUGACAACCUAUUAAUUUUUUGGUUGGGUGGAAAUAGAGCAUUUUUGAAAGGUUUUGUUUUUUCGCUUUGUGCCUAAACGAGGGCAAACAAACGCCAUCCAUCAAAACAAUGGAUAACAAUUUCACCAUGCCAUGUAAAAUAAAUUAAUGUUGGAUAGUGUAGUAUCAUCUGGUGCAGCUUCAUCUGCGGAAGUGACUCGGCACUCUCAAAACCCAUCCUUUUCGUUAUUUUUGCUUUUGUUAAUUACAUUUUUGUAUGUUUUUUCUUUUUUUAAGGAUGUGAAUGGAUGCCUGUUUUUAGGAGGUACAAACUCAUUGUCUGAUGAUUUUGAUGUGCAAUCUGUGGGACGAGUAAUAACGAUAAUGAUCAUACAUAUAAUAA